GGCCAGGCGACGGAGGAGAGCCCCGCCCUUUCCGGUAUGGCCUGCGGCCGGGGGCGCCCCGGCGUGGGCGUCGGAGUGGUGGUCGUCAGCUCUGCCCACCCAGGAUGCGUCCUCCUCGGCCAGAGGAAGAGCGCUGUCGGCGCCGGCCUGUUCCAGCUCCCCGGAGGACACCUAGAGUUCGGUGAAAGCUUGGCAGAAUGUGCAGAAAGAGAGGUUUUGGAAGAGACAGCCUUGCACCUAACAAACGUUCGCUUUGCAUCAACUGUAAAUUCUGUUAGUCUGAAGGAUAAUUACCACUAUGUAACGAUCUUAAUGAAAGGAGAGGUGGAUAUGAAUUAUGAAUCUGAACCAAGGAAUCUGGAACCUGAUAAAAAUGAAAGUUGGGAAUGGGUAAAAUGGGAAGAGUUUCCUUCAGCAGAUCAACUGUUCUGGGCUUUAUGCUGCUUAAAAGAACAAGGUUACAAUCCUUUCACAGAAGAAUUUAAUCACCUUGUGGGAUACACUGGAAAUCAUUGUGUGAAAAAAGAGUGCUAAAUUUACUACAUGGGAAAUAUGUGUUUUUACAGAGACAUUUAUUUGUAAAAUGAAUUCUGUAUCACCUGGGAGGGGGUAGUUUUAUCUAAGCAUGAAGUCAGCUACUUCCACCAAAUGUAGCAAUAAUCCCUGACACUAAACAUGCCACAAAAAUGCAGCA